UGUUAGAUCUAAGACCUGAGUAAACAACACCUAAAAAUUACAACAGCAAAGCUACUAAAAUAUAAUAAAUUAAUAGUGCGCUAUUAGUAAUAGACAGAAUCUAGAUCUAGAAAUCUAGUUGGAAAGCUUGUUUAUGGCCCUUUAUCUUAUCAGUAACAUCGAGAGCCAUUAAAUUAAAAACUGUUAGAAAAUCUGUGCUUUGGGUCACAGUCACAGCCUCGGACCGUAUUCUAGAACUAGGCUAGCAGCUGUAGGCCUUGACUUAGUAACAUCAAUCGAUGAGGCGUCUGACCAGCUCAUGUCAUAACACUACACAUUCGUUGCAGAUCAUCCACCGAGCUUUUUGAGGUUAAAGGACACAACAGAAAAUGAAAUACAACAGUACUAGAGGUGGUGUACAUGGUAUGACUUUCAAAGAUGUGCUACUCUCUGGCUAUGCAAGUGAUGGUGGCAUGUACCUUCCAGAAGAAUUUCCCUUUGUGUCUGUUGAGACAUUAAGAAAUUGGGCAUUGCUUUCCUACGAGGACCUGGCAUAUGAAGUCACUUCUCUUUACAUUAGUGAAGAUGAUAUUCCAACUACAGAUUUGAAAGAUAUUUUGCAACAAGCGUUCUCAACAUUCACCGUCCCUGAUGUUGUAUCUAUGAAAUGUUUGUCAGAUGGGCUAAACAUCGCAGAGCUUUAUCAUGGGAGAAGCUUAGCUUUCAAGGACCUGGCCAUGAGCUGCAUGGGUCAAUUCUACAAUUACUUCCUCAACAAAUCUCAGAAACAUAUGACUCUUCUUGUUUGUACUUCGGGUGAUACUGGUAGUUCAGCUAUAGAAGCAGUGCGAGGGUUAAACCUCCUUGACAUCAUAGUGAUACUGCCUAGGGGGCGCUGUACACUCAUUCAAGAGAGGCAGAUGACAAGUGUUCUUGACCAAAAUGUCCAUGUAUAUAGGGCUGAUGGUUCCUCAGAUGACAUCGACCUAAUUGUCAGAAAACUAUUUGCUGAUGCUGCGUUUGUUGAGAAGCACAAUUUAGCCUCACCAAGUUCACUAAAUUUUGCAAGAAUCCUUAUACAAAUUGUGCAUUUCUUUUAUGUCUACUUAAAGCUCUGCCCUGAGGCAGAUAGAGAGGUAGAAAUUAUCAUUCCAACAGGGGGUGGUGGCAAUGUUACAGCUGGCAUUAUCACAACAAUGAUGGGUCUGCCAGUGAAGCUAGUGUGUGCUGUCAAUCAUAACAACGUGCUGUCACGCAUCAUGGAGACAGGACAGUGUCAGCUGGGGGAUGUCCAAAUGACUCUAGCACCUGCAAUGGACAUUCAGUUUGCUUACAAUUUAGAAAGAGUUUGGUACAUGUUGAGUGAUGGAGAUUCUGAAAUGAUAAAGGAAAUCAUGAAAGAAGUAGAUUUAAACAGAGUUGAUGUUCCUGUAAAUAUCAUUAAAAAGAUGCAGUCACUGAUCAAGGUGUACGUAGUUGCAGGGGAUGAGGAAGUGAAAGACACCAUACGCAAGUGUUGGAAUGAAGAAAACUAUCACAUAUGUCCUCAUACAGCUGUUGGUGUUUCAUAUUUCUAUGCACAGUUGCACACAAGAAAUUCAACAGAAAUAACAUCCGCAGUUAUGGCAACAGCCUCCCCCUUGAAAUUCCCUGAAGCUCUAAAAGCCUCUGGGAUCCCAGCGCCCACAUCAGAGGCUGUUCAACAGUUGCUCUCAGCCAGGACACGCCAUGUUGACCUGGAGUUUGGAGAGGACUGGACCUUGGCCAUUAAGAAAAAAAUUGAAGAAAUAACAUCCAAAACACUUUCCCUAAGUUAAUUAAAGCUAAUGAAAUUUUAAGAUUAUUUAUAACUGCAUUUCAUCAUGUGAUAUGAAUGUUGAACUUAUAAUUUUUUUAUGGUAAAUGUUUCCAAAAUGUAUACAUAUAUAGUAAUGUACUUAAUAAAA